ACCUUAUCUGAAGUUUCGAUGUAAGUAUUUACCUCAGACAGUACCACUUUUGUUCAAAGUUAAUGCCUCUCUGUUUUUUAACUACGAAUAAAGGUUUAUAUUGAGAAAAGUCAAUAUAUUUGCUUUAACGAAAUGAAUAAGAGCGCAAUUCUCUUGAUCACAUUUUUGUGCGGUAUUAUACUGAUUUCGGUGUUAACUGCAGUAUUAGUCUACUUUCCAGUUUCCAAAUCAUCAGCUACCGAUGGACCACCGGAAAAUGGAACACUCAAGUAUAGCAGAGAGAUGAUGCAAAAGGAAUAUCCAGGCUUGGGAACGGAUUAUGUCAUAUUCGAAGGGGAUAAUGGUGAGAAAAUCUACGCAUAUCUGAAAGGAGAUGGUCCAAUGCAAGGAUAUGACCUCUUCAACAACCUGAAUGUGUUCACGACGCUCGUGGCAUCAGCUUCAACAGAUUUGAGUUAUAUUCAGGAUGUUUUCUCAGUAUUAGAGGAAAUUGUUUCUUUCACUCUCUACACUAGAGAGCAUCCUGAAGGAAUCAAAGUUGAAAGUCUAGAAGAUGUAGCUGAUGGAUUCAAUGCGACUAGGAAAACGAAGUUCAUCACACAUGGUUGGAUGUCAUCUGGGAGUUCGGAAACUUGUAUGAAUAUCAAGGAAGGAUUCUUGAAUAGAUCUGAUGUUAACGUUUUCAUCAUGGAUUGGAGUUUAGUAGCAGAUGUGAUUGUUUAUCCUGUUCCUGCAGCAGCAACCAGACCGAUUUCUGUGUAUUUAGCAGAAUUCGUGAAUUAUCUGAUUGAAUAUGUUGGAGUCGACCCCAUCGAUGUUCAUUUUGUCGGUCAUAGCCUUGGUGCGCAUAUCUCAGGUUUUGCUGGACGACAAAUUAGAGCAGGAAAAAUAGGACGGAUCACUGGACUGGAUCCAGCUCUCCCUCUAUUCGACUCUAACCCCGAAGAGCGUAUCAACCACAACGACUCUCACUUCGUAGACAUCAUCCAUACGUGUGCUGGAUUCUUGGGCAUAGAAGAUGCGAUUGGUCACGCUGAUUUCUAUCCGAAUGGAGGAACUGCUCCUCAGCCUGGAUGCAGCUAUUUCGAUUUGACCGAAUCCUGUAGCCAUGGCAAGAGCUGGAAACUAUUUGCAAAAAGCAUAACAAUUCCAGAUCCUUUACUAGCCUGUAAGGAUAAGAAGGAUAAAAAGCAGUGUGAAGAUGGUGUUCCUAUGGGGGAGCCAACACCCUCCCAUGCAAGGGGGACUUAUUAUUUGAAAACUGAUUGAUGAAUCUGGAUGUAUUUUUCAUUUAAUAAUGAAUUUAGCGGGUAGUUUAUUAUACCAAUGUUGUGUUUUUGUAAUGUUUCCAUGUAAUUCUUAUAUAUGAAAAAACUACAAUCAUCAAUAAUGAAGAUAAUACAUAUUUCGGAACCAGUGGCAAUCUAUUUUGUGGUUGUGGAAUAUUGUGAAAUGAACGACAUUUUUUAAAAAAAUCACUUAUCGUACAAUAAUUAUGGAUUUUAUAAACAAUUAUGAUAAUAAAUAGGGACUGUCGGUCUUGGUCAUGGUUUUGGUCUUGGUCUCGCGAAGCCCUAAUUGUUGAG